AUGGCGGAGCCGGAGGAGGACUGCCCCCAGGACUGCCCCCAGGACUGCCCCCGGGAGCCGCGGCUGCGGGACACCCGAGACAUCUGCUUCCAGGCGACCGCCAACGCCAUCGCCCUGCAUCCCACCCGGACCCCUGCUGGCGGCGGGGACGUGGAUGGAGAUGUCUACCUGUUCUCGUACUCCUGCACCGAGGGGGAGAACCGGCAGCUUUGGUCCUCGGGACAUCACCUCAAGUCAUGCCGGGACGUGGCCUUCUCCCAGGAUGGACAGAAGCUCUUCACCGUCUCCAAGGACAAGGCUGUCCACAUCCUGAGUGAGGAGGGACGGCUGGAAACGCGCUUCCCCAAGGCCCACGGCUCUGCCCUCAACUGCGUGCUGCCCAUUGACCAUCACCUCUUUGCCACGGGGAUGAUGUGGGGGGCGAAGGUGUGGGACCUGCGGAAGGGGGAUUCCAUCCUGGAGGCCCGGGAGCGAGAAUACAUCAGUGCCAUGGCCGUGGAUGGGAACGGGAAGGUCCUGCUGACUGCCAGGUUACCGGGGGUGGGGGAUGGCACCCUGGGUGUUUUUAACGUGAAGAGGCGGCGCUUCGACCUCCUCUCAGAGCCGCAGAACGGGGACCUGACCUCUGUCGUGCUGCUGAAGGUCGAGGGGAGGAAAGUGGCGUGUGGCUCCAGCGAAGGCACCGUUUACCUCUUUCAACUGGGACGGCUUCGGGGCUGCCCAGCGACCGCUUCGCCGCUGAGGGCAGAGUCUGUCGACUGCAUGGUGCCCAUCACAGACAGCAUCGUGUGCGUGGGGUCCUUGGACGGAGUCAUCAGGGCAGUGAACAUCCUCCCGAACCGGGUUCUGGGCUGUGGGCAGCACCUGGGGGAACCCAUUGAGCAGCUGGCAGUGGCCCCAGGCGGGCAGCUCCUGGCCAGCUGUGCCCACGACCAGAAGGUGAAGUUUUGGGACAUUUCCUCCCUGCCGGGCCUGGUGGUGGAUGAUUACCGGAAGAAGAAGAAGAAGGGAGGUCCCCUGCGGGCCCUCAGCAGCAAGGCAGUGGGCAGCGGGGAGGAUUUCUUUGCUGAUCUGCGGGAGGAGGCUGAGCCAGAGGCGGCAGCAGGGAGUGACAGUGACAGUGACAGCGACUGAGGGGCUGGGACCCGGCUGGGGACACCGCGGGCGGUGCUGCCCCCUCCCUGCAGCAGUGGCUGAGGGUCCUGGGAUGGAGGAGGUGGUCCAGGAAUUGGGG